UGAAGGGGGAUGGUGAGGUUGUUGUAGAUAAAAAACACGACUUAUCAGUAAAUUUUUUUUUCUAAAUUUUGAGAACCGGUGUACUUGUGAAAUUUGAAAAAUAAUAUCGAAACAAAGUGAAAAAUAAGUAUACGGUAUUAUGAAAGAAACAUAUUCGCACUGUUUGCAAGAAAAAAACAUUCGUCUGUGAAUGUUUCCGUCUCAGUUUUCUGCCUAAGCAGUUUCCAAACCGAAACUUGAAGUAUGCCUGUGCAAGCGAUGGAGGUAUCUGUAUGUUCCGAUCCUCCGGGCGUACUAGAAGAAUUACGAACAUUCAUCGCAGGAGCUUCUCGAACAUCCGACACAAAUCAACUGAUAUUGGUACGAACAGCUAUUUCACUGCUGAAAACAUUGCCUGCUGCGAGUGAAGCUGUAUUGGAGUAUUUUUGUACCGUAUUUCAUAACUGCGUUGUUCGUUAUUUAUCCUUGAUCGAGAAUGGAACUAUAACCGUUGCCACCUCGAAUGAAAGCGAUGUUAUGUUAGAAGAUGAAAUUCCACUGAUAGAAAUUCAAGAAGUAUUAUGCAAAUUUGUCAAUGAGAAUUCUGAAGCAUGGGCUCCUAUCAUAUCUACGUGGUCUUUAGAACUGCUAGGUGAUAUAUCAAGCCGGCAUGGUACGAAUAAACAAGUCAGCUCUGUACUAAAUGAGAGGUUGCAAUUAUGGACAGCUUGUGGAGCUACGAGAACUUUAUUGGAUAUUAAUACACAAUGCAUGUCUCGCCUAAUGUACUCGAAUACAGAAGCAUGUAUAAACGCCCUCUUGAAUAUGAGUGUGACUCACAGUCCUCAUUUUGAUUGGGUCGUCGUGCAUGUAGGAAGUUCAUUUCCCGAAACUGUGAUUACUAAAGUUCUAACUUGUGGCUUGAAAGAUUUUUGUAAUAAUGAAACCUCCACUCAAGCGCCGAAAUUAAAUUCUGUUGUGGGGAUUCUCGGUCAUUUAGCCAGUACUCAUUUUACCGAUAUUAAAAACGCACUGAAAAAUCUAUUUCAAUGGAGCUUGGAAGAAACUGACAAAGCAACUUACGAUAGUAAGAAUAUUAAUUUACAGAAAACAGCAACAGUUCCAUAUUUAUUACGUUUAGCCGAGUCUCCAGUUUUAUUAAAAGCUUUAUCAGCAGAUACAUUGCAAUCUCUGAAUAUGAACACGUUGAUGAGUUUGAGUAGAGUAGCUGCGGAUUGGAGAUGUUAUUUUAGUGAAGGAAAACAAGGUCUAUUGGAUUUAGUAGUUCGGUUACUUUUGGAUCUCGAAAAAGGAGUGAAUCAUAUACUAACGAUGUUAUUCGAAACCGCAUCGUCACCUCCAAACCUUGAAGGAGUAUCUUUGAAUGCUCAAGAAAUCAUAGAAUUAUUAAUCAGCGAAAUGGAUACGAUUUUACGUACUACUAAUUCUACGCCUCCUUUAAUUAGAUCGUUUUAUUCGCACAUGCCUUUUUUGAAACGGCUUCUUCUGUCUGACAAUCGUUCAAAAUCAAACUACGCUACGAGAUUAUUUAUUGUUUUAGGGAAAUACGACAACCAGUUAUUGUCAUCUUGUAUUGCUUAUUUGCUGAACAGAGCAACUACCGAUGUCCAAAUAGAGAUGUUGAUCGAACUGACCAUUAAUCUAGAUAACCUGAAAUCUUUCGGUUAUGGAUUUUGCUUAGCUCUGGAAUACGAAGCGAUAGAGAAUGUAGUCUUGUUUGAAGAAAAAAAUUGGUCUUUAGCACUUUGGAAAAAUGUUGAAACUUUGCUCAAAUACGAAACUCGAUAUAACCCACCGGCCAAACCUGUAUUCCAUGGAUUGAUGGAUAACCUUUUCAAAAUCCUGGAAAAUUUGAAACUGCAUCAUAAUGACGUCAGCACGUCGCGUAUCAUAGCGUCGAUAAUUGAUGAUUUAUUGACAGAUAUUCCUCGUCCGUUAUCUGUAGAAGAAACUAUGGCUCUAUCAGAAUGCGUUACGCUAUUUUUUUAUUGUUGCGUUAUCUAUGAUAAAGACGAGAACAGUCAGUUAAAAGGUUGCCAGUUGGCUAAUAAUUUAUUAACGAAAUGCUGUUUAUUCAAUAGCAGAGCUCGAAAUCAAACCAUCAAGCUUAUUAUUGAAACUGCUCUGUAUCCUCCUAUUUCUACAAUAUUUGGUGCGAUCGUUAAACCUGAUUCGGAUAGUAUUAUGCCCCCAGAUGUGUCUUUACUGAAAGAAAAUAUAAAACAAGGAAAUACACUGAUGGUAGCUCAAAGCGCGAUGUCAGUUUUCCACACCGGAAUCAUCGGAGGAGGUUUACAAGAGAUCAUUUUCAAGUCAGCUCUGUCGCCUGAUAAAAUGAAAUCGAAUACGCAACAUUUAAUGACCGCAAUCCGUUCGUGUUGUCUUACUGAUGCAAAUAACGUAUCUUUGGACGCUGUGAGAAUGAUAGCAUUACUGCUCGUGCAGCUUAUUUCACCCGAUGUCAUGUUCAACGGUCUUCCUUGGCCGGAAGAAGAAUUUUGCAAAGUUACCGUCGAACGAGAUCUGCAUAUUAGAAAAGCAUUCGAUAAUACACCUUUAUUAUGGACUCUUUUGAAAUUCGUCGCCAUCCAUAGACCAGCAUUAUGCACCUGUUCCGUUCUUCUACGUGCUGUGACGGCGAGCUUGAUCGCUCAGUGGAGUUCGGCCAGUCAGGGUCGCUCUGUGAAACAUAAUGCGCUUCUAGUUGACACGACGGUCUUAUUGUUGGAGAUUCUAUCCUUAGGACAGCUGCUACCUCCGCCGUUAAGUGGGAUUCGUGAUAUCGUUCCGGAUUUGAGUCCCCAACAUGUGUUGAUAAUAAUGCGCGAAUGCGUUUGGAACUACAUGAGAGAUCACGUCCCAUCUCCAGCGUUAUUCAAAGAAGAAAAAGGUAUCAUGUGGAGAGAUCCCGCAUUAUCCAAACCCACCAAACAAUACACCGAAACGUUAAGAAUUGUGUUACUCAAUAAUAUCGAUAAAUUAGGCGACCUGUAUCAUCAACUUUUCGCACCGACUGCCACCGAAAUGGAGUGAAUCGAUGAAGGUUUUUUAUUUCGAGUAUUCGGCGGUAUCGUACGUAUCAUCUUUUUUACUGAUACUUUGAAAGUUCAAAUUCUGGUGAUAUUGAGAGACCAAUGCGUUGUAAAAUUGGUGAACGAAAUUCUAAACGAUGAAUUAGCCUAGAUAAGCGUUCCGUUAACAUUCGAGAAGAUUGGAUAUUUAUCUGUGAUUUAUAUUUAUUAUAAAACCUUGAGAAAAAGUUACAAUUGAAAUGUAUCUUAAGUAGCUCUAUAAGCUUAUUAUGUAUUCGUAAGAGUGGAUUUUAAAGGUAAAAGACUGAUACGUGAACUUCAUCUAUAUGAUUAGAUGGAUAGUUCAUCUCGCUGCAAAAUACCUAAUUUAUUACGUUUAUACUCCGAAGAUGACUCGAAGUCGAAGGUAUUAUAUAACACAUAUUUUUUACUCGAAUAUGAUUUGAAAUACGAAAAAUAUUACGUAUAUUUGCCAGCAGAUUAGCGUUGGUAUACUUAAAUAUAUCGACCUGAAGAAUAAAUAAUGAGUUUUUCGACGUAAAAUGAAACUGGAAAGAAAUUGCAUUUUAAUUUUGUGCAGCAAAUAACUGGUAAGUCUUUUUUUGAACAGAUUCUUUCCUUACUGGGAACUUCUACAUUUUUUUUCUAAAACUAAAAAAAGAAAACAAUAUAUACGUACUAUAGAUUUCUUGUUUUAAUCAAUUUUAAAUGAAAAAAUAUGGCAUUUAAUUUAAAAUUCAAAGAAUCAUCGAUCAAUUUUUUUUUCAAUUUUUUGAUCAAUUAAUAGAUUAUUCUCACAUUCACUUUUCUAAUCGCAAAGAUGAUUUCGUAAAUUAAUGGAGUAUUCAAUUGUACCAGUUUUAUGUUGUUUGUUUUGAAAUUUUCGGAGAUGUAGAAUUUGGAAAUUAGAAGUGAGGUACUAAUAUGGUCUCGAAAAUAAGUUCUCAACUAAUUAUGAAUAGUUUUUAAAUUAUGUAAAAAUAGCCAAGUGAAUUCAUCUGUGUUAAUGUUAAAAUUUCAGGCUAUGUAUAGGGUGUUUGAAAAAUCAGGAAGCAUGCUGACAAAAAAUUAACGUUCUUCGUAAUCAGCAAAAAAUCCCAAAAAUUCUCUGAAAGAAUUUCAGUUUUUUUACCAUCAAUACCUAAUUUCCAAAAAAAAAAUCGCUUUUUUUAGUAAAAUUGCUAAAAAAAAAAAAAACUUUACUUUUUUCCAAAAAUUCCAAAAAAUUUCCCAGAAGUCCAACUUUUUUGACAAAAAUUGCCAAAAUCUUUUCCUUUUGCUAAAAUUGUCAGUUUUGCUUUUUUUCCAAAAAUUACAAAGAAUUUCACUUUUAAGUAUUUGCAAAAUGGCUGAAAAUUGUCGUUUUUUUUCGAGAAAAUUUCAAAAAGUCUCAAAUUUUUUCAAAAGUUGUCCAAAAGUGUCACUUUUAUGACAGAAAUUGCGAAAAAAAUAUCAGUUUUUUCCCAAAUUACUUUUUUUUGCUGAAAUUGGUCUUGCUUUCGAAAACAAAUUCUUUUUUUUCAAGAAUUACUUAAAAACUGGUAAGUAUCCCUUUUUCAGUAACAAGUGCUAUAAAGUCUCUUGUUUUCAAGAAAUACUCAAAAGCCUCCCCUUAUUUUCCAAAAAUUGUCCAAAAUUUUUCCUUUUUUGAAAAUUUACAAAAAAUUUUCGCUUCUUAGAAAAAUGGUUAAUAAUUUUAUUUUUUCCCAAAAUUAUCCAAAAGUCUCACUUUUUGGCUAUGAAUUGACAAAGGAGCCUUUUCUUUUGCUAAAAUUGUCAAAGUCUCAUUUUUUGCCAUUUUUUUUUCAAAAAUUACAUAAAUUCUUACUUUGUUGCAAAAAAUUUCCAAAAAAAUCUUACCAUUUUUUGACCAAAAAUUUGCAAACCAAUCCCACUUUUUCAAAAGCCAAUUGCUCCGUUUUUUUUUUGGGGGGGAUGUAUGAUACAUAUUAAAGCACUAAGAUUAUUUAUCGAUGACAUCAAAUUGUGAACCACUGGACUAGACGUCAAAAUAUUGAGCGAUUUCACGAAAUUUUCAAAAAUUAUCUUAAGUUACUUACUCCCUCGAGCUUAUAUCGUUAUUUCGGCUGAUUAAUAGCAUAGUAACAAAUUAUAUUUAUUUUCGUAAAAAUUGUUGCCAUACCUACAGGCUAAAGUAGGUUAUUAUGGCUAAGGUUUUGCUCGAUUUUUCCUCUGUGCCUAAUCACGCAAAUUCGGUAGCGAAUAAACCAUUUAAAAAAUUUUCUCCGAUAAUCAUGUUAUAGGCUUUUAAAAAAUAAAUAGGUUAAUUUCCACUAUCUUUAUUCACGAACGUUACUGAGAAAUGAGAAGUGAAGAGAAAUGAUCAUUCGGAUUAUUAAUUCUCCAUCUCCACGUAUAAGAUUAUCAGACGCCAUCAUCGUCGCGCAGCCUUUCUUUAAUGUUCCAAAUUAUAAAUAGGUAGUAGGUACAGAUGGAUGUUUGCAAAUUCAUUUCGUACACUCCCACGUCCCACCCAUUAUUAAUUUGUUCACGUAGGUACCAUCAGGCAUCAACUAAACAUCUACACCUGAUCAUAAUUAUACCUAUAGCUACCUACCUGUGUUAACUAAUGUAAAAAUAUACAUGUUGUAUACUAUAAUUCCAUGUACAUUUUAGUUUUUUUUUAUAUACCUACUCAUCGAACAAGAUGAUUGAUUUGUUGAAUAAAUUUUUGUACGAAACCUUA